UUUUGCAAGCUCUUUCUUGUUUCAUUUAAUUUUCACUGCUUAGAUUAGAUCUUGUGUUUUUGCUUCCUUUCAAAGAUUUUUUUCCUUUUAUAGAAUUCUGGUAUAUGAAAUGAAUUGAAGUAAGUAUUAUGGAAUUUCUCUUUGUGGGUUUUUGAUGUCAAGCAAUUUGUACUUUAUGUGUUUUUAGAUUUUGCACACAAGCACAUGAUCAUGAUUCAUGACAUCUUAUAAGACACUAAAGGUUUCUAGAAAAUCUUUGAUUAGAUGGUUUGUCUUGGUGAAUCCCCAGAAUAUGAACAAACUAAUGAUACUAGUGUCCUAGGAAGGAUUUAUUCCUAUAUAUGCUCUUUGUAGUUUUUUUUUUUAGUUUCUUAUCAUCUAUAAAUAUGAUGUUGACAGUGCUUGAUUUAAUAGAUUUGAUGUGCUUCUUUCUUUCCAUGUGCCACAAGAACCAUAGAAAUUAAUUAUUUUGCUUUAUGUGUUUUUAUGAUACUAGUUCUUUAUAAGCAAGUUGUGGAUAGGGAUUGAAAUAUUGCUUAUGAACAAGAAUUUAUUCGGUCCACCUUACUAGAGGCCAAAGAAGCACCAAUAAGUAACUGUUUUCACUUGUGAGAACCAGUUCCUUGAUUCAUGGCAUUUGAGGAUUGUUUUUCCCAUGAAUUGAAAACCAUUCCAAAUUCCAUGUCAGAAGCAGAAGAAUCCAAUGGUUUUGAUUGUAACAUCUGCUUAGACUUCGCCAACGAACCGGUAGUCACCCUUUGUGGCCACCUUUACUGCUGGCCUUGCAUCUACAAGUGGCUACAUGUUCAAAGUGAUGAUUCUCUUGGAUCUGAUGAACAUCCACAAUGUCCUGUAUGUAAAGAAAAUAUAUCACAUACCACAAUGGUCCCAUUGUAUGGCCGCGGUGGCCACACUCCACCGAGUGGAAAAUCAUCUUGUUGUGAUGAUAAUUUUGUACCACCAAGACCAACUGCUUCAGGUGCUCAAGCUCUUUUGGCAACAGCAUCUCAAAGUGAUCAACAUCAGCGACUUCCGUAUCGAAAUCCUUAUCAGGGACAAUAUUUAAACUCCUCUUCAUACCACCAACAAGAGGGUGAUGCUACUUCACAAAUGCUUAAUCUUGGUGCCUCAAUGACAUCAAGAUCUCGCCACCAUACUGUGGUUAGAAUGUUCGAGGAGAUGAUUUUUUCCGGAGUAGUCGGCCACCCGCCAAAUUCUUAUCAGAUGGUGGGAAAUAAUAGCUCUAGACUGAGAAGGCAAGAGUUGCAGACUGAUAAAUUUUUGAACAGAAUUUCAAAUUUUCUAUUUUGCUGCUUUCUUUUGUGUCUUAUUGUCUUUUGAAUGUGCAAUUGGGAUGAGAUUAUUCUGAAUGUGCAUCGGAGAACUUGAUUCAAUGAAUUAUCAUCGGUCAGAGAAUUUGUGCACUUCUACACUAUUUAGUACACAUCAAUUUAGUUUCAUAUCACAGAAAGUCACUGCCAAUGUUUUACUCUUACAGUACAAGAUAAGGCUUCACUUAGUUCAUAACUAUUUCAUACCAAUCCUAAA